AUGGCAAACAAUAACAAGGCAAUUAUUCCACGUCCAAAGAACAAUCUUGCAAAACUGCCAGUAGCUGCUGCAUCAAAGCCCAAUGCUCCCUCCAGAACCCCAGCAAUGCAGCCCAAGCAGCAACGCAAUAACAGCAACAAGAAAAAGAAUAAUAACAAGAACAAGGCCGCAGCAGCUUCCGCCGACUCUACCGACUCAUCGCAGCAGCAGCCAAAGCAGCUUGCCAACAAAAAGCAAGACUGGAAGAAUAACAAGCCAUCUUCCAAGCAGCCCAACAACAACUCUCCUUCCGUUUAUCCUCGUCACCCUCAACAGCAGCAGCAGCAGCAGCAGCAACAACAGCGUCGCCUGGUGAUGCCCGUCAAGGCUCGUCGAGUCGAGCGCAGAAAAGACAUUGCUUCUAUGACAGAUGCUUUGCACAAGUCUCAGGUAGACAUCUUGAGCACCAGCCCGGUGUCGAGUUCGGGUGAAUCCGAAAACGAUUCGGACAGUGGCUUCCAAAGCCGCCGACGUAAUCGCCGGUCUAGCAAUGAUGGCCAAGUCUACUGUGGCCCUUGCUUCAGCAAUGCACCUGCUCCAAGCGCUCUGCCCAUGCCGCCGGCCUUUUCCCGACACCUUGACCACGAUGGCAUGUUUGUGAUGGACGACUUGCAACAGCAGUCCAAGGAACUCAUGAGUCUUUUGGUGCCUCGCCAUCGUCCUUCCACUACUGCGACCCCUCCCGCUGCUGCUGCCGCUACUCCUUCCACUACCAACACCACCUUCGACUACUACUACCAUCAGCAUCCCUCCACCUCCGUUCCUCCGAGAAUGAAGACUGCCCACAGCUUGGACGCCGACCUCUCCGAGAUACAGCGUGGCCUGCGAUCGAUGCUCAAGAUGUCCUCCUAA